AGGACGACAGCGAUGUCGACAUCGGACGUCGUUGCCCUGUGUAGUCUAGUGUGGGUAGGAAGCAUGCCUGCUGCUGAUAAUGCUGGUGGCUCUGAAUGUCCGAUGGCAGACCAGCAGCAGCAGCACCAGCAGCGUGUGCGGAUUGGGAUUGCUGCAUCAAGUACCGACCACGUACUUCCUCUGGUACGCAAGUACUCAAACGUACCGAGAAGGUACUCCUGACUUCUGCACAUGCAAAAGUGGCCCUCCUUCUCUGGGCUCUGGAGAAAUCGAUCAACUGCCUCCUCACGAGGACAGGGACACUGCUGCAUGACCCCAGCCGCCCUACAUACUUACUGUACUCGACUCGACUGGAUUGGACUGGCCUGGCCUGCACUCGAUUGCCGCAUCCACUCACUAACUCUCUCUCUCUGCUUCAUAGCUCAACUAUUGCGCAGAUACGGUCCUACCUACCCCUAUGCAUCCGUACCGUCUGCAGUCGACCCUCGCUCACAGCGACCGAGUGGGCUGCUUCAAAUCCGAAACAUAGGGCACUUGCGACUGUUUCCUUCCUGCAACUAACCCCACGCUCCUAUAAGUGCAAACCCAGCCUCAUUACGAUUAAUGAUGAAUCACGGUAAUUAGAGUUUACCCAAAAAGUUGAUAAUUAACCCAUCCAGACACCGAUCUGAUUACAAUCGCAGUAUCAGUAGACUCUGUAGAAAUCACCACUACUGGCACCUCGGGCUCGUCAUUGUAGCUGCCUCGAAAUUCAAGAUAAAGUCGUUUCUUUCAAGUUUUUCCCAUACAGACGAGGUUUGUGGUAAUUUCUGAAUAUCUUUUAUUUUAUUUCUUACUUUCGCUAACCAGCUCUAACUUCUCUCUUUGUGAUUCAGAUUCGAAAAAUCAUUUAAGGUCUGAUAGUAGACAAGAUUCAAAGAUUAUGUGAUUCCUUGUUGUUCUGAGGUUUUCACCAAAAUUACGUGAUUACUGUCUCACUGAAAACAGAUGAAGCGAGAAGGGGUAAAACGCGCAGAAAAGGCCCGAAACAUGGAAGAUCGGAAUGACUCAUUGGAGGCCACUCCAUGCAGGAUAACAAAAGAUGAUUGAAAUAUUCCACAUCCGAAAAUACUCCCCGUAACACAGGAUAAUCUGAUGCCCAGGGCAUUGAAGGAUUGUGACUCGCUGGAAGCGAGCCUCGCGAUCCGGACCGAAAAGUUACUCAGGAGACCCAUCACCAGCAAAGAAAUUCGACACUAAGGAGGAUACGUCGGACCUACCGCUCUCUCCUCCACUUCACUCUUCCCUUCCUCUCUCUCCACUUGUACUGAAUAGGUGAUAUGCAUGUGGGGCAUGGGUACGUGAGACCUUUUUUCUGCCCCCUGGUUUGCGCUUUCUGUUUGCGGCGUCCCUGGCUGGUGUGGUUGUGCGCAGGUGUGUGGGCCUUGACCGCCCCGGGUGCAGGAGUGCGCGCUCUAACCCGCCCCGUCCCGGGUUCGUUGUCCUUGUUUUCGCUGGUCUGCGCCGGACCGUGGCUUCGCACCCGUCCACCGCCCUCCGGUGCCCCUCGCUUGCCACGUGUGUGUGGCGGCGCGUGGCUCUUUUUCUGUGUGUUUUCCAUUUUGGCACGGGUUUGCGUCUGAAAUUGGAAUCCUCUGCAGUUUUCACCCAUAUUAAGUGAUGUAAACUAACAAAUGUAUUUACUGAAGAUCAAGAGUUUGAAAGCAUGCGCAGUGUGCAUUAAUGGAUCAAUGACUCAUGUUUCAUAAUCUCUCUUAAAAAGUAAGAGAAAUUUACUUGAUGGGAAGAACACUCGGACGUGUCAUCCUAAGUUAUGUUCUUGUACCUGCU